AUGAUUGGAGUGAAGUUGACGUAUGGACCCCUACUUCCCCGACGUCCCAAAUUUUUGUCCCCCUUUUCCCAAAUUUCCUCCCCCUCCCAAGCUGACCAACAUCUCGCUCCCAAAAAACCUUUACCUGGUACCCAGGCGGUCCUGGGUACCAGGUAG